UAAGUUUAAGACUACAACACAAUUCACGGAAUGGUGGAAUUGAACAUCUGAUUCAAAUGACAAUGCAUAUCACGCUUCUGGCUCGUGUGAAACGAUCUAUACAAAUUGCAACAACUUUCUCCAUUGAACACUUACGGUGUUACAGUUCUGCAACAAAUCAAAAGGAUAAAAGAAGCCGGCACUAAAGGAAAGUUUUCACGUGGAUCUGUAUAAUGCCUGGAUACGAAGGAAAGGGAUCCCUUGUUUGGUUUGAUGGCAAUGUGGGGUAUUUGCUGCCAGGGAAGUUGUUGUCAUUUGUUGGACAAGAUGUCAAGGUGCAGCACCAAGAAGAUGGACAGGUUCACACAGUUCGUGGAAAUGCUGUCAUUCCAAGACAGGAGUUGGAUCCACACGGGGUGGAUGACAUGAUAAAAAUGGAUGACUUGCAUGUCGGAUCAAUUUUGUACAACAUUCGUAAAAGAUACAGACAGGACCAGAUUUAUACUUACAUUGGCAGUAUAUUAGUGGCAGUAAAUCCAUACAUGCCUUAUGAUGUAUAUGGCCCUGACACAAUACAGAAAUACCAUGGUGCACCAACAAAUGCUCUUCCACCACACAUCUUUGCAAUUGGAAAUGCAGCACAUGAGACCAUGUUACGGACUGAACGCAAACAAGCUGUUGUCAUCAGUGGAGAGAGUGGUGCUGGUAAAACUGAAUCCACAAGGUUACUUGUUGAGUUUUUGGCAGCUGUCAAUCAAACAAAUGGCAGUCUAGUCACAAAACAGAUUGUGGAAGCAACUCCUUUGCUUGAAUCAUUUGGAAAUGCUAAGACAGUGAUGAAUGACAACUCUAGUAGAUUUGGAAAAUACUUGGAGAUUUUCUAUAACAGUGAAGGGAAAAUUGCUGGUGGACGAGUGUCUGAAUAUUUGUUGGAAAGAUCCAGGAUUGUUGGACAGGCCAUUGGUGAAAGGAAUUACCACAUAUUUUAUGAGGUUCUUUGUGGAUUACCUGAACAGCAGAAGCAAAAAUUGAGUUUAACCAGUGCUGCAGACUUCUUUUACCUUAACCAGGGUAAUGCAAGUGUUAUACCAAACAGGAAAGAAGAAUCUCACUUUCAACAUGUUGUUGAAGCCAUGGAUAUCCUUGGAAUAUCUGAAAAUGAGAGAGAGGCCAUAUUUGAAGUUCUGGCAAUCAUUUUACACCUAGGAAAUGUGGACUUUGGAAACACAGAGGCUGGUGGCCAGGAAGCAGCAGUUAUUAUGGGUCAAAAUGAAGCUGCAAUUGUGUCUCAGUUAUUAGGGCUUGGUACUCAAGAUCUGAUCGUAUGUCUAACCCAUAAAGAAACAGCAGCAGGAAACUCCAAAGUCAAGAGCCCCAGUUCUCCGGAUGAAGCUCUAGAUGCAAGGGAUGCACUUGCCAAGGAAAUAUAUACACACCUUUUUGAUUGGCUGAUAAGCAAAGUGAAUAACAUUGUAUUCAAAGACAAGAUGUAGCUGUCUAUUGCUGUACUUGACAUCUUUGGCUUUGAGGAUUUUGAAAAGAACAGCUUUGAACAGUUGUGCAUCAACUUUGCAAAUGAAACUCUGCAGUUUUUCUUCAAUCAGUUUGUCUUCAGAAUGGAACAAGAUGAGUAUGCUAGUGAACACAUCCGCUGGACAGACAUUCCAUUUUUUGAUAAUCAGCCAAGACUGGACCUGUUGGCCAAGCCUCCAUACGGGUUGAUACACAUUCUAGCUGACGCUACUGGCUUUCCCAAGGCAGAUGAUUUGUCAUUUUUGGAGAAGUGCCAUUAUCACCAUGGGCAAAACAAAUUUUAUGAAAAACCAAAAACUCCAAAACCAGAAUUUGCAGUUUGUCAUUAUGCUGGUACUGUCUCAUACCAGGUGACUGGCUAUCUGGAAAAGAACAGGGAUGGUCUCAAACCUGAUCUGGAAGAUCUCAUCUCAAGCUGUCAAAAUAAAUUCAUUCAGGAGCUAUUUCCAGACCUUCAAAGUGAGGAAUUUUCAAUAAAAGGAUUAAAACUUCCUUCUCAACCAAAGAACUCCUUAAGAAUGCCAUUGGGUCAGAAAAAGAAACCAACAGUUUGUGGAAAAUUUAAUGACUCCUUGAUAAGACUGGUGGUUGCCAUGAAGAGUUGUAACCCAUUCUUUGUGAGAUGUAUUAAACCAAACAGCACAAAGGCACCAGGGAAAUUUGAAAUUCCUCUUGUUGUUGAGCAGCUAAGAUAUUGUGGGAUUGUGGAGACUGACAAGAUCCGAAAAGCUGGCUAUCCCAUCAGAUAUGGAUAUGCAGAUUUUAUUAAAAGCGGUCAGCAAUUUUUGUUCUUUUUUUUUUGUGAUCAAAACGGGGCAAAUGUUGUCGAGGUUGUGUGGUUGGAGUAUAGUACCGAAUCUGAUUCUGAAUCUGGUUCAAGCAGGAACUGUUAG